AUGAUGUGUCGAACCGCACUCAUCAUACAAAACCACCCUACAUUUUCAAAAGCCAUGCCGCACUUAAGACUGCACCACAUGUUCCCCCACAAAAACUAUCAUACCGGCGACCCUGAUACCAAGUCGGCCAUCGACCGAGAUGCACCUGAUUUUCCAGUUGCGGCUGUAUCGGAUGAGGAUCGUUUCUUUCUGAGUCACGCUCCUCCAUCAUAUUUGCCUGAGCUUGAGUCGCAAAUCAAAGACUUUGUCGAGUUCCACCAGAAUAGUGGAAAGCGUAUUGUGUUGGUGACAUCGGGCGGUACCACAGUUCCAUUGGAAAAUAAUACCGUUCGUUUUAUUGAUAACUUUAGUGCCGGUACUAGAGGCGCCACUUCGGCCGAGUACUUUUUGGAAAACGGUUAUGCAGUGGUGUUCAUGCACCGAGAGUUUUCGCUUUUGCCUUACUCCCGCCAUUAUAGCCACACGACCAACUGCUUCUUGGAUUACAUGGUUGAGGAAGAUAAUAAGGUGACGAUUCGACCGCAAUUUGCCUCAGAGAUGCUUGUGGUCUUGCGCAAGUAUCAGGAGGCCCAACUGUCCAACUCGCUUUUGCUAGUGCCUUUCACCACAGUGAACCAGUACUUGUACACAUUGAAGUCUGUGCUGACAAUCUUGCAAGGCGUGGGAUCAAAGGCACUUUUCUACCUCGCGGCAGCAGUGUCCGAUUUCUUCUUGCCUUCAUCUCGUAUGCCCACGCACAAGAUUCAAGCCCAACCAAGUGGAAAAUUGGUCGUGGACUUGGAACAAGUACCCAAAUUUUUGCGCCGUCUUGUCGAUCUGUGGGCGCCACUGGCUAUGAUUGUAUCGUUUAAACUUGAAACGGACACAAAGCUUUUGACGAAAAAGGCUCGCCAAGCGUUGCAGCGUUAUCAACACCAGCUAGUCAUUGGAAACUUGUUGCAGACAAGGAAAUCCGAGGUGGUGAUUGUGACUCCAGAUGGUAACGAGGACUGGAUCCGCUUAACUCCUGAGCAGUUGGCCCAACAUGUGGAAAUUGAGAGUCUCAUAGUGCCGGCAGUCAUCCGUGCUCACGAUGAAUGGAGAGAUGGAUUAGAGCCUAAGUAA